GUAUCCGUUGUUAACCAUAUCGAUACGCAACAUCAAGAUAUGCUGCACGAUGCGCAGCUCGACUAUUAUGGAAAGAGACUGGCUACGUGUUCCUCUGAUCGAUCCAUUCGCGUAUUUGAUGUUGAUCAAAAUGGCCAGUAUUUCUUAUCGUCUACCUUGAUAAAUCACGAGGGACCUGUUUGGCAAGUGGCUUGGUCACAUCCAAUGUUUGGUAACUUACUUGCGUCUUGCUCUUAUGAUUGCAAGGUUAUCAUUUGGGCUGAAAAUAAUAAGAAAUGGAGCAAUUUAUACACAUACACUGGGCACGAUUCGUCAGUAAAUUCGGUAUGUUGGGCUCCGAUUGAAUAUGGUAUCAUCCUAGCUAGUGGAUCAUCUGAUGGUUCUAUCGCUAUCAUCUCAAACACAGACGGCAACUGGUCGGCAAAGAAAAUUAGCAAUGCUCACACGAUUGGCUGCAACGCAGUCAGUUGGGCUCCAUCUGUGGACGCAGGAUCUCUGUUCGAUGUAAAAGGAGAUCCGAAGCCUAAUGUGAAAAGAUUAGUUACUGGAGGUUGCGACUAUAAAGUGAAUAUAUGGAAGGAAAUUGAUGGUGAGUGGAAGCUAGAUCAAUCGUUAGAUGGUCACAGCGAUUGGGUAAGAGAUGUAGCUUGGGCUCCUAAUAUUGGUGUAUCAGUCAGUACAAUUGCUAGUUGUGGAGAGGAUGGACGUGUAAUAAUUUGGACAAAGGAAGAAGACAAUUCGGAGAGAGAAUGGACUUCUAAGAUUUUACUUCAACUUGAUAAACCUAUAUGGCACGUAAGCUGGUCUGUUACUGGGAACAUUCUGGCCGUUUCCUCAAGCGAUAAUAAGGUGAGUCUCUGGAAGGAAGGUCUCAACGGCGAUUGGGUCUGUAUUGAUGAUGUUAAAAAAACUGAAGUUACGGAAGAGACGGAAAAACAAGAAUAA